AUGAAUAUACAAACCUUCUAUCGUUUGUGUUAUGUUUUAGAAAAUGUUGGUGGUCUUAUUAGACCAAAUAGGAAUGUCACCGUACUCGAGCAAGUUGCAAUGUUUCUUCAAAUUUUGGCUCAUCACACCAAAAAUAUUGUUGUUAAAAGCCAUUUCAAUAGAUCAGGGUACACUGUUAGCAAGCAUUUUAAUCAGGUACUUGUAGCUUUGUUGAAGUUACACGAAAUGCUUUUAAUAGCCCCUAAGCCGGUUGGCGAAAAUUCAGACAACGAGCGUUUUUCAUACUUUAAGGGUUGCCUUGGUGCGCUAGAUGUAACGUAUAUAGAUUGUCGUCUACCUUGUCUUGAUAAACCAAGAUAUAGGAAUCGCAAGGGCAAUGUGUCAGUGAGUGUGUUAGCCGUUUGCGAUGACAAUAUGAAUUUUAUUUACUUACUAACCGGGUGGGAAGGUUCUGCAGCCGAUAGUAAAAUUCUUCGGAAUGCAGUGAGUAGAGACAAUGGUCUACGGGUCCCCACGGGUAAUUACUAUUUGGUUGGUAAGAAUUACACGAAUGGUGAAGGGUUUUUAGCACCUUACAAAGGUACUAGGUACCAUCUUGAUGCUUACGGUCAAGGAAUCAUGGAAUCUAAUGCUGGUUCGAAAAAAUGUACAAUUAAUAAGAAUGGUGUCAUCAAUAACAGACGUAGUUGGACAGUCCUUGAAGAGCAGACUUUAAUAUUAGGCUUGAAAGAUAUUGUUUCGAGAGGAUGGAAAUGUGAAAAUAGUUUUAAAACUGGGUUUCUAGGAACUCUUGAAUAG